AUGGACUCGACGAAGCUGGGUGGGCCAGCCCCAACCAGCCCGAGGGCUCACUCGCCAGCGAUGCCGACCUACAGCGCCACCACCACCGCUACCGCCACUACCACCACGACCGCCGCCACGGAUGGGGCUAUCGACUACGUGAUCGGUGAUUACAUGGAGAGGCUUGGUACGAGAUUGAACAUACUCGAAACUGAGCUGAAGUACGCUUGGAGAGCGUUGGAUCUCCUCAGCCAGGAGUACAUUAAAAUGUGGGAGAGGCUGGAGAAGCUAGAGGGCCUUCUUUACGAACAGCAAACGGUGAUCAGUCAGCUGAUCGAAUUCUACACAGGCGGCGGCGGCGGCGGCGGCGGCAGUUCCCACGAGACCGUUAACGUGGUCGAGCAAACGUUGGCCAGCCAGCAGGGCACGGUAGGAGAGCUGGACGCGAUCGCAAAGAGCAUAGGCGCCAGCAUGGGUAUCGAGGAGACGAACGCAUUGAGGGAGAAGAUCGCUCAUCAAGAAUUGGCAAGGAUGCACGGGCUCACGCAGGACAGCUCGACAGCUGCCGCGGUGGUCACAGACAUGCACCGAAAUGUGAGAAACCUAGACGCUCUGGAGACUCUCGCGGAAGAGAGUAACAUUCCGGACGAGGCGUUCUACAGGAGCUUGAACAACGCUUACAGAGAAGAUCUGAUCUGCGGCGACACGUCCAGGCCGACGUCGCAGUUAGGGAUGAUCUGGGAGGAGGCGGAGGACGAGGAUAUCAAUGGGAAGAAGGAUGCUGAUGCGUCGUGCAUCUUUGAGAAGGCCGUGGCAAAGGAGAAAGAGCUCGAAGAGCUGACCAGCAAACCGACGAAGGAGGAGAUUCAAGAAGCAGCGAUACAGAAAAAGGACGAAGCAGACGAGGACGAGGGUGAAGUGUUCAGCGCGGAGGACUACAAGAGCUACCGAGGCAACACGCCCUGUGUCAGUGAACAAGACCUUGCCCAGCUCUCCAGGCUCAGUUCCAUCGAUCAAGUGGCUCUAGAGAAGUUGCACGAGUUGGACAGGUUGACCAGCAAGCUGCAAAAGGACUCUCAGAACUUGAUAGAACUGCAGUCUCAAUUAACGGACUCUCCGAAGAGACAGUACAACUCCGAAGCCGAGGCGAAACUGGCGGAAGAAGCGAGUAGCAUAGACGAGCAGCUCAGGAAGAUAUACGCCGAGACCGACGUUGACAGUUGGACUUUCUCGAAGAGUCCUGGUUCGACCGGUAGAUCGAUCUCUAGAGUGAGCACCGAUAGCGGUUUAGCGACCGACGGUGACUUCACCACCAGAUCCAUUUCACCUAGAUUAACGUCUACAUCUAGAACGAAUUUGGAUUCCAUCUCGAAUGCUUACACGCCGCCUAGACUCAGCUACACCUCUACCGUACGGGAGAAGAGUCCUGAACCGGUGAUCCAGAUACCCAUAGACGUUGGUAGCUUCGCCAAAAGCUAUGCAGAGAACAAGGAGCUAACGGACCUGAUGGUCGAGAGCUUCGUGGCUGUGACUUGCGCCUCUCCGACUAUUUACAGCACCACCAUGGAUAAGGUUCCGUCGCCGACUCUCUCAGCAGGUAGUGUACACAGUGUGCACAGCGUCCACAGCGUGCAGAGUCUACGAACCAGGCAAGACGGCUACUUCGGCAGUGCAGCGAGACUGAACCUCGAGUUCCAAGAAAGCAGAACACCGCCCAGCCCGUCGCCAAGUUCUCCGCCUCCACCAGCUCCCAGAGACUCGGCGGAGACGUUCCUGAUGCCAGGAUCGGAUCAAAGAGACGUCGACAUGAAGAGAACUCAGAGCCCUACGUUCUUAAGGAGCGCCGAGAAACUGGCGUCCUUGGAACAGGGUCGUUUGAGUCCUAGAACUCCUCAUUCGCCCAAAUCACCUCGAGUAUCCCCUAAGCACAUAAUCAAGCCUGGCAGCGUAGCGAACAUAGUCGCGGCAAAAUCCGAUUCAGGAUUAUCGUCCAUGAGCGGAUGGAGCAGCCUGGACAAAUCGCCAAGUUCCCCAAAGAGCACGAUCAGCAGGAUGCUUACUUCGUACUCGAUGGAUCACGCGAGAUCAACUCUGAUCCCGACUACCAGCACGAUCCGGUCCGCCAGUCCAAUACCACCUCUUCCAGAGACUACAACCACGGUGAUCACACAGGAGCCGUUGUACGACACGCCAGAAGGUAGAGAUCAGUUCGCCAGCGCGGCAGCCAUGGUCACCAGCCAUUCUUACGCCAUAACCAUGAACCACCUGUCGAACUACGCUAUCAUGAAGACCCCAACUACCAAAGAUGAUUACAACUUCGUGCCUCCGCCAGCGCCCAUCGCGACCACCUGCCAAAGUCCCAAAAAACGAACUCGUCAUCAGACCCUCCAGCACACCUACGACUCCGUGCCACCUGGAUGUACCCUGGACUACGUGUUUCGAUCCGAUCAACCGGCCAUUUACUCCGUGGCCGGUAGCAAUCGACAACAAGCUAUCACCAGCGUUUACACCAGUGGUUCCGGUAGUUACGGUCCGAAGACUACGACAACCGCUUUUUACUCGGACUCGAUGGAACAGUACAACAGUUACCAGGAGAAUUUCGGUUCCGUGCAAUACACGGAAUCCAGCGGAGUAGUCCACGUGAAGAAACCUCUGAGAAGCAGCGUGUACUCGGACGGGCUGACGAAUCACGAAAGCUACAAAGCCGCGCUGUACCGCACAAUGUUUCCCACGGGGAAUAUCACCGAUGCUUUGUCCUACUACCCGACAAGCGCGAACCUGCCCCGAACAGAGACAAACGAAAAUUCGUGGCUGAACUCGAUGGAGGAUCAGAUACCUCAUGAUUCCACGUCCUCGAGCAUCAGAUCGUUGACCUCCGACUACACGGACCGAAGAUACCCUCAACCGCCGGCCUACCAGAGUCACCAGUAUCAUCACACGUAUGCGAACCAGAACUACCCGCAGGCCUACCAACAACAGUAUCAGCCGUAUAGCCAAAGACUGAGUAGCUCCGAGAGCGCGCAACUCGCUGACGGCUACCAGAGGCAAUGGCAACGGGAACAUCAAUACAUACAAGAUCACGACACCAGCCGGAUGACCAUCGAUCAGUCGCAACACCAACAAAGCGAGUACUACGACGCCUCGAGUGUCAUAGUAUCGCAAUCUGGAUACAUAAGCAUCUCCUCGAACUUGAAGGAUCACGAGAUCGAGAACGCAAAGGCUGCGAAGAAAAUCAGAAGAGGUUCGUCGUUGAAAAACGCGAUGAGCUCGAUGAGCAAUUGGCUACCCGACCUGCACCUUAGCAAACGACACAGAAGUCACUCUUUGCCUGGUGGUGUCAGAAGGGAGGACUUAGACGGGCCUCAGGAACAACAACAGCAACAACAACAACAACAACAACAACAGAGGCCUGCCACUGACGUUAAUACCACCAGAGGACGUGGUAGGGGUCAAGCAGUCAGAAAAAAGAAGAAACACACGCUAGUGUCCACGGUGUCGGGUAUUCUACAGAAAGCAAAGAGACGAAGCCAUCAAUCGCAGUCCCUCUCCGAUCCGGAGCAAUCGGAAACCGAGUGGAGCAGCGGUAGACAGAGUGGCCUCUCGGAAGACGAGGACAGCGUGAUGUCCGACGUGAACCAGGAGCCACCGUUCUUCGCCAAAGUGAAGACGGCGAGCACGAAACGGAAACCGAUAUCUCAACCGAUACCCCAGCAGCAACAGCUACCCGCUCAGUUUACCCAACAACAAAAAGACUACAUACAGCAACAACAGCACCAGCAGAAUCUUCAGCAACAGCAGCAGCUGCUCCAGCAACAACAACAAGCCCUCCAACAGCAGAUUCAACAGCACCAGGAACAAUUACAACAACAAGCCCUUCAGGAUGGCUGGGCCAAAGAGAAGGAUCAAAGAAAGGAGAUUGAUCACGACGUCGAUCAAAUGGGCGGUUUCGAGGAGGAAACCUCCGGUAAAAGUACCGGAUCCGGUUCAGGUGGAUCCUCCAUAUUCCAAACGGUCGGUGACAUCAAGCGAUCGACGGGUAGUUCUGACGAAGCUCCCAAUGAGAAAGCCCCGAAGCUUCCACCGGUAACUCUGAUGGGCGGAGCAAGCAUGGAGUUCGCUGUCUCCAGAGCGUUAGGCAAGUACCGUCAGAGGCAGUCGUCGACGGUGUCCGACGAACAGCCGCCCAGCGAGGAAUCCCUGAACGAUAAAAAAUCCGAGGAGGGUACCCCGCAGACCCUCGAAACGAGUUUCGAAUAUCCGGAGGAUAUGUCGGAGAAAAGCGAGAAGAGCGAGAAAUCCAGUAGCACAAGAUUACCGGAAUUGGUGACCAGCAUAUCCGAGGAAGCACCACCGUCGGAGGGAAGCCCGUCCGCAUCAAGCACGAGAGGCCUAUCGACGGGCACACGAUUCCUACCGCGGCACCAGCAAUCCCUCGAAAUUCCAUGGACCGGGGCGAGAGCGGGCGAGCUCGAGGAAGACAACCGUAGCACGCAUUCCUAUCGCAGCACGUCGAGGGUCUCGUCCAGGCGGCAGAGUACGGAGGAUUCGAUCGAUUCCGAAGAUGAAUGGUACCGAUACGAACUGAGGAAACUCGAGGAGAUGGAACGCCAGUCGCAAAUAGAGGUAGAGAUGGGUGAAGUGUUGGUAGAGGAACCCGAAGAGGCUGACCACUAUCAGCCGGACAACGCCGUAAAAGAGAAGAUGUCAUUCGUGCUGAAAGAGCUGAAGCUAAAGGCGAGCACGAUCACCAACGAGGCGAAACAAGACCGAGAGGAGGUGAGAUCUGCGAAAAUGAACGGGACCAUCGCGAAGGAUCGUCGUAUCGACGAGAGAGACAGAUACCGUGACGAGAAACCCAUACCGAAACGGAAAUCCGCCGAGAGCAUCGAGCAGGUGUUCGCCAGAGUAACCGAUUACAAUACGUGGGCGCAAGAGGAGGAGAUCAGACAGGAAAAACCACCGUCCUCUAUGGAGGAGGGUUCGUCCGGCGAAACCUCGGGACCAGACAGUCCCGUUCAGUCCAUGGACGAAGAAGAGGAGGACGAGAUGCAGAAGGACAUCGACGAACAACAGUCGAGACGGAGCUCGAGCGGCUCGACUCUGCGACACGGUGAAAAAAUUCAUCCCGGUUCAGAGUCCGUAUCACGCGAGGAUAGCGUUAGCGUACCACCUAGCGAGGUGUCCGUCAGCAUACCGGGCGCCUGGGAGUCGGAAAGCACUGUCCUUGAAGGCCUCGAGCGCGACGGUGCCGGUAGCGCCGAGACGGCCACUACCGCGACCUUGAGCCUGCCGAAAAUCAAAAUCGACACCUCGUCCUGCGGUAGCUCGGACACGACGCUUAAGGAGGGCCAGGUCAGCCCUGGCCCCCCUGGAUCCAAGUGGAAGCUACUGAAGGCGUUGAAGGAACGCAAGGCCGAGGAGAAGCUCAAAGAGGUCGAGGAGGCCUCUAAGGAGACUGCUAUCGCUCAGGGACCCACGGCAAACGGCAGCGGACCCGGCGGCGAAUCCGGCGUGAGGGGCAACGGGCAUCCCGGCGACAAUCCUUUCUACAGCAACAUCGACAGCAUGCCGGACAUACGGCCGCGCCGAAAGUCGGUGCCAUUGGUCUCCGAGCUGGUCUUGAAGACAAUGGCGGCGACGAAGAGGAACGCGGCAGGUCUAACAUCGGCGGUGCCCAGAGCAACACUGAACGACGAGGAGCUGAAGAUGCACGUGUACAAGAAAACGCUGCAGGCAAUGAUCUACCCGAUCUCCUCGACCACGCCGCACAAAUUCGUCACCUGGACGGCGACAUCGCCGACCUACUGCUACGAGUGCGAGGGCCUUCUUUGGGGCAUCGCUCGCCAAGGGGUGCGGUGCACGGAGUGCGGUGUCAAGUGCCACGAAAAGUGCAAGGAUCUGCUCAACGCGGACUGUCUGCAGAGGGCGGCUGAGAAGAGCUCGAAGCACGGGGCCGAAGAUAAGGCGAACAGCAUAAUCACGGCCAUGAAGGAAAGAAUGAAGCAGAGGGAACGGGAGAAGCCGGAGAUCUUCGAGCUGAUCCGGUCAGUCUUCGGGGUCGACGAGGAGCCAUAUACGGGCCACAUGACGUCGGUGAAGCAGUCGGUUCUGGACGGUACCAGCAAGUGGUCCGCGAAGAUCGCCAUUACAGUGAUCUGCGCCCAGGGACUGAUCGCGAAAGACAAGAGCGGCACGUCUGAUCCUUACGUGACGGUCCAAGUCGGGAAAGUGAAGAAGCGAACCAGAACGAUGCCGAGGGAAUUGAAUCCGGUUUGGCACGAGAAGUUCUACUUCGAGUGCCACAAUUCGUCGGACCGAAUAAAAGUGAGAGUCUGGGACGAGGACAACGACCUGAAAUCGAAGUUACGGCAGAAACUGACGAGGGAGAGCGAUGACUUCCUCGGGCAGACGAUCAUCGAGGUGAGAACGCUCAGCGGCGAGAUGGACGUCUGGUACAAUCUGGAGAAGAGGACGGACAAGAGCGCAGUGUCCGGCGCUAUCAGGCUACAUAUCAGCGUGGAGAUCAAAGGGGAGGAGAAGGUCGCGCCUUAUCACGUCCAGUACACCUGCCUGCACGAAAACCUCUUCCACAGUCUGUGCGAGAAGAACGACGGAGUUGUGGGCCUGCCGCAGGCGAAAGGAGACGACGCUUGGAAAGUGUAUUUCGACCCGCCUGGAGAAGAGCUUGUCGACGAAUUCGCGAUGCGAUAUGGUAUCGAGAGUAUCUACCAAGCAAUGACGCAUUUCCACUGCCUUUCGACGAAGUACCUCUGCCCAGGUGUGCCAGCAGUAAUGUCGACGCUUCUGGCGAAUAUAAACGCGUACUAUGCUCAUACCAGCGCGAGUUCCGCUGUUUCAGCCAGUGAUAGAUUCGCCGCCAGUAACUUCGGGAAAGAGAAGUUCGUGAAAUUACUGGAUCAGCUGCACAAUUCCCUGCGAAUCGAUCUCUCGAUGUACAGAAACAAUUUCCCGGCGUCGAGCCAGGAGAAGCUGAUGGAUCUGAAGAGCACGGUCGAUCUGUUGACCAGCAUCACGUUCUUCCGUAUGAAGGUCCAGGAAUUGUCGAGUCCGCCGCGUGCCAGCACGGUGGUAAAGGAUUGCGUGAAAGCGUGCCUUCGUUCGACGUAUCAGUUCCUGUUCGAGAAUUGCUACGACAUCUACAACAGGGAGUUCCAGGUGGAUCCGAGCGAGGCGAAACGCGACGCGGAGGAUCACGGUCCACGUCUCGAGUCGCUCGACUUCUGGCACAAGCUGAUCGCGUUGAUCGUCUCGGUGAUCGAGGAGGACAAGAACAGUUACGCCCCGGUGCUGAAUCAAUUCCCGCAGGAGCUGAACAUCGGCCAGCUGUCCGCGGCCACUAUGUGGUCGUUGUUCGCGGUGGACAUGAAGUACGCGCUGGAGGAGCACGAGCAGCACAGGCUGUGCAAGUCCUCGGCCUACAUGAACCUACACUUCAAGGUGAAGUGGUUGCACACGAACUACGUGAAGGACGUGCCGCCGUACAAGGGCGCGGUGCCGGAAUACCCGGCGUGGUUCGAGCCGUUCGUGAUGCAAUGGCUGAACGAGAACGACGACGUUUCAUUAGAAUAUCUCCAUGGUGCCUUCAACAGAGACAAGAAGGACGGAUUCCAAAAGAGCAGCGAGCACGCGCUGUUCAGUGUCUCCGUCGUCGACGUCUUCACGCAAUUAACCCAAUGUUUCGACGUGGUCUCGAAGCUCGAGUGUCCCGAUCCGGAGAUUUGGAAGAGGUAUAUGAAACGGUUCGCGAAGACCAUCGUGAAAGUUUUGGUCGCUUACGCGGACAUCGUGAAGAAAGAGUUCCCGAGUCAUCUGAAGGAGGAACGAAUUGCCUGUAUACUGAUGAACAACAUCCAACAACUUCGAGUACAAUUAGAAAAGAUGUUCGAGUCGAUGGGUGGCGAGAAAUUGGAGGAGGACGCGGCGAACAUAUUGAAGGAGUUACAGCAACAACUGAACGGCGCGCUCGACGAUCUGGCGAUGCUGUUCGCGAAGAGUCUGGAGCCGAGGAUAACAGCCUCGGUGAAAGAAUUAGGGGACUUGUUGCUGGCCGUCAAGGACGGUGGACACUCGCAGUUGUCGCAACCCGCCCAGAGGAACAACGUCGCCGUGGAAGCGGACGAAGUACUGCGACCGUUGAUGGUUCUUCUCGAUGGAAGCCUCUCGUUGUACGCCGAGUCGUGCGAGAAAACUGUGCUGAAGAGGCUGCUUAAAGAACUGUGGAAGAUCGUCAUGAGAAUUCUGGAGAAAACGGUUGUGCUGCCACCUAUGUCGGAUAAGAGUAUGAUGUUCAAGAAUCUGACGGACAACGCGAAGAAUCUGGCCGCGAACGCCAAGAUAGAGGACAUGUCGAAGCUGUUCAAGAACCACAUAGCGGGCAAACCGGAUGUGAAGAAUGCUCUGAGCGGUGUGAUGGAUAUUUCCAAGGAAGUUGAGAAGAAUCUGUCGCCGAAACAAUGCGCGGUUCUCGAGGUCGCCCUCGACACGAUCAAGCAGUACUUCCAUGCUGGUGGAAACGGCCUGAAGAGAACGUUCUUGGACAAAUCGUCGGAGCUGCAGAGCUUGCGAUACGCUCUUAGCUUAUACACGCAGACAACGGACACCCUUAUCCAGACCUUCGUGAAAUCGCAGAUCAACCAAGUGCCGCUGAACAAUGCGUCAAAGCUACGUCAGCGUCAGCGUUCGAUGAGCAGCGAGAGGGGUGGUGACGAAGGGGAUGGAGCCGAGGGUAUGGAAAGCCUCGAGGAACCCCUUCGCCAGAGCAAGCCCUCUCUCCGUCGAGAGAGUCGACAAGUUCCAGAUACCGCAGGCUCGGAGGAAACUUCCGUGGGAGAGGUUAGCAUCCAGGUGGAUCUCUUCACGCAUCCCGGAAGCGGUGAACAGAAGGUUACAGUGAAAGUUGUUGCCGCGAAUGAUUUGAAGUGGCAACUCGCCACAGGAAUGUUCAGGCCUUACGUCGAGGUGAAUCUAAUCGGGCCGAAUCUCGCCGGAAAGAAGAGGAAACAAUCGACAAAGUCGAAGAGCAAUAACUGGUCGCCGCAAUUCAACGAGAGCUUCGACUUUAUGAUCGGCAACGAGCAACAGCAACUGGACUUCCACGAGCUGCACAUCUGCGUGAAGGACUACUGCUUCGCCAGGGAGGACAGGCUGGUCGGUGUCGCGGUGAUGCAGCUCAAGGACAUCGUCGAGGAGGGCUCGUGCGCUUGCUGGUUGUCGCUCGGCAAACGGAUCCAGAUGGACGAGACCGGCUGGACGAUCCUGAGAAUCCUGUCACAGAGGAACAACGACGAGAUCGCGAAGGAGUUCGUGAAGCUGAAGAGCGACAUCAGGCAGGAGACACCGUUGCCGAAUCCCACCUGAAGCGCAGAUACCAAAACGUUAAAAGCCGACAGCGAGAAGCGAUGAUGCGUCCCUCGAGUUUGGAAAGAGCUCGAGGGGUGAGAACGGGAGGGAGCAUUGUCCACAAUGGGGAAGACUAAGAGAAGCGUUCGGCCGUUGUUGUCGAGAAUAUCAAAGGUCAAGGAUCGUUGUCGUUGACGAGCAGUGCAACAAACACCGGGAACACACACGGAGAGAGACAACACCAUAUGUACAGAGAAAAGAAGGGAAAACAGAAAAUCGCCGACGAGAACGAUCGGCCAAUCCCCGAGUCCCAUUCGGCUCGUACCAACUCGUUCGAACGGGUCGAAGAUUCAAGAAGGCAAGAACAUCUUACUUCCGGGGUUUCCCGCACAGCCAGCUUCCGGUCGAGCGUAUUCUUCUCUCUCUUUUUUUACGAAUCACAGAGCUUUAGUCCCGUCCCUAACGAAAAAAAAAAAAAAAAGAAGAAACAAACAAAGAAACAAAAGAAUCGAUCGAAUAAAAAAGGACGACAGAUCCUUUGGAAGAGAGAUCUCCUUAGAAUAUAUCGAAGCGAACCACGUUGAAGAUUAAGCGCCCGGAAUCGUAACACGUUCGUCCAUCGGUUUUUACGGGAUAAAAACGAAGGGGAAAGAGAGGAAAGCCGCCGAUUUACCUCCCGCCACACUUUCGAGGUGCCCGCACCAGGCGACCGGUUCGAUAGAAACGAGGCUCGGUACGGUGAUUCGGUGAACGCAGAGGAACACAACGGACUCUUAUUCGAUUAAGUGCCGUGAAGAGGGGAGGAGACGAUGCCUCGGGUAUCGGCAAGAGAGUGUUCCGUAUAAACGUGAAACCGUGAAAACAGUGCUGCCAGUACGCAAUAUAUUUGGUAAUAUUCGUAACGUAAGGGAGGAGAAGGAGGAGAAGGAGGAAGAGAGUCGAAUUAGACAUAAAAAGUGCGUCCAACGCGAUUGUACACCUCGACAUCCACGGA